AUAAGUUCAACUUCCUGGUUGUGUGCAAACUGAGAAAUAAGUUUUUAAAUCUGUGCUGCGGUGAGAAGCUGUCUUGACCUGAGCGAGCAUCAAAAUGCCACCCCGGGGCGGCUACUGUCUGCUUCUUCUCGUCGCUUUAUGUGUGUUUGUGAGCGGCCACUCUAAAUUUCCCACUCUGGACCACAUCAAGCCCAGAGCUAGCGACAAGGAGCAGAGCAAAGCAGUGGUCGAGCUGCUGAGGCGGCUGCUGGGGAACAGAUCCGCGGAGUUGAUGGUGUCAGUCAACAGGAGCCUCUCCAACGACACCCUGGAUGUAUGUGAGCUCAGGUCCACCAAAAACAACAAGGUGGUCGCCACGGGCAGCAGCGGAGUGGCUGUGGCUUCUGGCAUCUACAACUAUCUCAAAUACUUCUGCAACUGCCAUGUUUCCUGGUCCGGGGACCAGCUGGAUUUACCGAGCCCUCUGCCAAAACUUACCGGCGUCCUGCGCAUCAACACCCCGCACAGGUUUCGGUAUUACCAGAACGUCUGCACUUUUAGCUAUUCCUCUGUGUGGUGGGACUGGCCACGAUGGGAGAGAGAGAUCGACUGGAUGGCACUCAAUGGAAUCAACCUGCCACUGGCUUUCACCGGCCAAGAAGCCCUUUGGCAAGAGGUCUACCGUGCUCUCGGGCUGAACCAGUCAGAGAUCGAAGAGUUCUUCUCUGGCCCAGCAUUCCUGGCCUGGAACCGCAUGGCAAACAUGUUCGAGUUUGGUGGACCCUUACCACAGUCCUGGCAUGUGAACCAGCUCCUUCUUCAGGUUAAAAUCUUAGAGCGAAUGAGAUCCUUUGGCAUGGUCCCAGUGCUGCCGGCCUUCUCUGGGAACAUUCCCAAGGGAAUCCUCAGGCUGUAUCCAGAAGCCAAUGUAACCAGACUAGGACCUUGGGCUCAGUUUAACUGCAGCUUCUCGUGCGCCUACAUCUUAGACCCGAGGGACAAACUUUUCCUCCGGAUUGGCUCCCUCUACCUGUCCCAGGUGGUAAAGCAAUUUGGGACGGAUCACAUCUACAACACGGACACCUUCAAUGAGAUGACUCCACCUUCCUCUGACCCCGUCUACCUGUCUGCAAUCAGCCGUUCUGUGUUUGCCUCAAUGACUGCAGUUGAUCCUCAGGCAAUUUGGCUAAUGCAAGGCUGGCUGUUCUUCAGUGAUUCAGCAUUCUGGAAGCCACCCCAGAUCCAAGCCCUGCUACGUGGAGUGCCCCUUGGACGGAUGAUAGUGCUGGACUUGUUUGCAGAGACCGAGCCAAUUUUCUCAUACACACAGUCUUUCUACGGACAGCCCUUCAUCUGGUGUAUGCUGCACAACUUUGGGGGCAACAGCGGUUUCUUUGGCACAGUCGAGAGCAUCAAUUCAGGGCCCUUCAAAGCCUUGCAGUUCCCAAACUCCACCAUGGUAGGCAUCGGCAUGACACCCGAGGGUAUUGAACAGAAUCCUGCGAUGUACGAGCUGAUGAGCGAGCUGGCUUGGCGCAAGGAGCCUGUCAAUUUGGCCAAGUGGGCGUCCCUGUAUGCAGUGCGCCGCUACGGCCGCAUGCAGGACAACCUGACCGCUGCAUGGAGGCUCCUGUUUUCCAGCGUUUACAACUGCACAGUGCCACAUUACCGAAACCACAAUCACAGUCCACUGGUCCGCCGGCCUUCCCUCCGUAUGAAUACUGGCCGUUGGUAUGACCCGCAAGACUUAUGCAAAGCCUGGAAGCUCCUUAUGGACGCAGCUCCCUCUCUUAUGUCCAAGGAGACCUUCCGGUACGAUCUUGUGGAUGUCACUCGGCAGGUCCUACAAGACCUGACAACAUCCUUCUACCAAGAUAUCGCAGAUGCUUUCGUCAACCAAAAGUUGCCAGAGCUGCUGACUGCAGGCGGUGUGCUGGUGUAUGACCUCUUGCCCGAGCUCGAUCGUUUGCUGAGUAGCGACCGCAACUUCCUGCUGGGGACGUGGCUGGAGCGGGCAAGAUCCCUAGCCCUGGACGAGAAGGAGGCGCAACUCUAUGACAUGAAUGCCAGAAAUCAGCUCACUCUAUGGGGUCCCAGUGGGGAGAUCCUGGACUAUGCCAGCAAGGAAUGGGGGGGUCUGAUGGAAGACUACUACACCCAGCGCUGGGGCCUGUUUGUCCAAACGCUGGUUGAGUGUCUGGACAGCGGUCGACCAUUCAAGCAGGACACUUUCAACCAGGCAGUCUUUCAGGUAGAAAAGGGAUUCAUUUACAAUGGUAGAAAGUACCCGACCAAACCUAAGGGAGACACGUAUGAGAUCGCUUACAGGAUCUUCCUCAAGUACUACCCACAGGCCUUAAAGAGACUAUAGUGAGAAGAGACGACAUUUUGGAAAAACUUUAAUCACAGCAAGAAGAAUGUGUUCCUUCACCUCCAGUUUUCCAUGGCUGUCCACAGACUUGUUAAUGUGGAAACUAACAGCCUGAACGUACAGGAUCAGUCAGUUUUGCACAUGAAGUAAUAUCUGAUUUUUUUGUGCAUGAUGGAGGGAAAUUAUUUUUAGUUAUGCAUAGAUACUGUUCACAAAUCCAAUAAGUCCUCAUGAUUAAGGAGAAAGUGGAACUAUGGCAUUCUAAUGUUUGUGUGAAAGUGUUGGCUUGGGAUUUAAACUCUUGGUACUGUCUUCAGCUGACAUUAAAAAGAAACUGAUUUUACAUUUAUUCACCUUUUCAGAGUGAGAUGAGAAGAUUAAUAUCAAACUCCCAUCAAUUUGUUCAGCAGAGGUCAGAAUGUGGUUAGCCUAGCUUAGCAUAAAAUUGGGACCCACGAACAACACGUGGCCUGUCUCUGACCAAAGUAGACAUGUCGUUUUUACAUAAUUUUCUUAACCAUUAGUUGGCAGAGACCUGUCCAGGGUGUCCCUUGCCUUCGCCCGAGUCAGCUGGGAUAGGCUCCAGAACCCCCCGCGACCCUAGUGAGGAUAAAGCGGUGUGUAGAGAAUGGAUGGAUGGAUAGUUAAUAAUAAUAAUGGAUUAGAUUUAUAUUGCGCUUUUUUGGACACUCAAAGCGCUUCACAAUGGAUCCACUAUUCAUUCACUCACACAUUCUCACUCUGGUGGUGGUAAGCUACAUAUGUAGCCACAGCUGCCCUGGGGCAGACUGACGGAAGCGUGGCUGCCAAUUCACGCCUACGGCCCCUCCAACCACCAACAUUCGUACACCAGUGUGAGAGUAGCACUGGAGGCAAGAUGAGUAAAGUGUCUUGCCCAAGGACACAACAGCACUCGACUAGUUGGCAGAGUAAUUGUUUAAUAAUCCAUUAUUCAAAAAAUAAAGUGGAAAAUAUUCCAUAAGCUGAUAGAGCUGUUUAACAUGGACAUGUAGCAUCUGUCAUGAAAGCAGCAUAGUUCCAUUAGUCUCUUGGCUAUCGGGAUGUUGUUGUAGCUUUCUGCUUUCCAAAACGGAACUGCUUAUAGUCAACCUCCACAGUUCACUACAGUGUUUCCAUCUCACUAAACAGUCAGAGUUUCCACUUGAUGGUACAACCAGGCUCUACAACUAAUGUAUCAUACACUUUUUGACGUGUGUUAUUUGUCUUCUGCCUUAUCUUUUAAUAUAUUUUAAACCAGUUACAUUUUUAAGACCAGUUCAUUGAUACAUGAUUAAUCAUUAACAGCCCUAAUCCAAAGUAAUAACAACUUCUGCAAUUAUGUAAUCUCAGGCAACUCACAAACCUGCUGUAUUCCUAAAAUUUGCAUAUGCAACUGCUCCAACUGUGCACAGCAACCUGCUGCUGAUUGGCUGUUUGUCAACGAGUCAGGCACCCCUCUUCCAGUGCUGAUGCUAGGCUAACCAAGUGGUUAUUUCAUUUCUGUACUCAACACAGAUGUGAGAUAACCUCAGUGUUUUCAGAUGACAGAUGUGCACUGAACUGAGUGCCUGGGAACAUUUGCUCAGAAAUGAGAUGGCAUUUUUAUAAAGUGAUACUACAUUAUGCACAUUAGUCAAAAGUUAAUUUAGAUAUUAUUUAUUCUGAGCAAAAAUAACUGCCAGUACUGUUUUAUAGACAUUGGAAACAUCAGAAAAGAAGCGUAGUGCCAUAAUUAUCAGUCACUUUGGAUGCCUUUGGUGUCGCAUACUGUAUUCUCGACUUACUUUCCAGUUUCAUGCUGUGGUGUGUGAUUGGUGCUUCUGAGAUGCAAUGUAGAGGUUUGAUGAUAGGGCAGUUGGUUUAGCGCUCAGUAAUUGAGCCGAAAAAUUGGCUUAUGGUGCACAUGAGUAGGAAGCUGUCAUGUCUUGUUGUCCCUGGAUGAUUUUUCAGAUGAAAUUGAUAUAUUUUUAUAUAAAAAUUAAGAGGUGUCAAUCUGUGCCAUUUCACAUGCACAUCGACUACUUUGUGAAAAAUGCUGUUUUAAUGCAUCACAUUGCCUACCUUCACAUUGUCUACUGAAGAUGUGGUGAUCUGUCUUCUUUUGGAGAAAUGUAGUUUUAGUACAAUGUCAGUAUAAAGAGAGAACUUUGAGUACUACAUGAACACUGAUGUUCAUAAUGUGCGAAUAAACAUUCAGCGUUACACAAUGUUAGUCUGUGGAUUGUACAAUGCUAUUUUUGUAUUUGAAUUAAUUAAAGAGAUAUUCUAAAAUUUAUGGACAUUUUUCAGAGAUUAAACUUUUUAGUAACAUUGCUACAUUGAUGUAAUUUGGAAUGAAACAUCCAUACAUCUAUCCAUUUUAUUCCGGUUAUCCAGAUCAGCCAGGUGUUGGUGCCCUCAGGCCAAGCGGGGCAUUCCAGAUGUUUUACAGUCACUCCAGCUGGAUCCCAAGGAGUUUCCAGGCCAGAUGAGAUACACAAUGCCUCAAGUGAGCUCUUGGUCUACCCUGGGGGCUCCUUUCUGUUGGAUGUGCCAACAAAGGAGGGCACCAAUGAGGCAUUCUAAUCAAAUGCAGAAACCACCUCGCCUUUCAAAGCAAAUAAGCAGCAACUCUACUCCAAGCUCUGAGCUCCACCUCUCAUGCUGGAGCCUGGCCACCCUACAAAGGAAACUAAUUUUCUCCUCUUGCAUCUGUAGUCUCAUUCUUUUGGUCACUAAGAGCCAGGGAUGGAUCCAGAUUAAUUUUAGUGGGGGGCACAGAGGGCUACAACAGAUAUUUUGGGGGGGCCACUGAAAAGUUGUAAGAAAAAAUGAAAGCUGCAGCUGACCUCUCGCUUUUACAAAGUAUUUUUCAUGUUUUGUUUUAGCUCUUUAACCCAAUAGGAAAGCUGUAUAUGACCUUUUCAUUUUUUGACUGUUAACAUUAAAAUCAUGAUGGAC